CGCAACCGCGAGGGGAGGGGGAGUCCCGUCUGACUGAGACGGCAGGCCUGGGCGGGCGGGGGUGCCGCGCAGGGCGGAGCGCCGGGCUGGGGAUGAGCUAAGCGGGCUCUGAGCGCCGCGGCAUUUAGCCCCUCGUGUCCCGCCGCCGUGCGUGAGGGAUCUGGCGCCGCUCUCCAGGCUCGACCCGCUGCUUGCGCUGGGGCUAGCGGGGAGUUGAAAAUCACAAACAAGUAGAAGAGAUAAAAGAGACAAAGUAUCCAGAAAAAAGAAUGAUAUCAUGGGAGUUUUUCUAUUAGUGCUACACUUUAUUUUCACUAAAGAUAGUGAGUCAUCAAGAUGAAUAAGUAUGGUUCAUUUUCUAAGAAAAUAGAAUACAGAGUAUCUUUAAGCAGUGAAUAAGAAAUGUGGCAUGAAUUUUGGAAACUCAUGACAUUAAUAAUGGCUCAUGACAUUAGCUUGGGAUGGUGAUGAAAAUGGUUGUAAUUAUAAACAAAUGUACCUUCUGUAAUGGAAGAUGAUUGAAGACAAAGGACCGCGGGUUGCUGAUUACUUUGUUGUAGCAGGACUAACCGAUGUUUCAAAACCUCUUGAAGAAGAAAUUCACUUCAAUGAUGCCUGUCAUAAAGUAGCUAAACCAAAAGAACCUAUCACAGAUGUUUCAGUUAUCAUCAAAUCUCUUGGGGAGGAAGUACCACGGGAUUAUGUAUGUAUUGAUGUUACCCCAACGGGAUUGUCAGCAGAUCUCAAUAAUGGGAGUCUUGUGGGUCCCCAGAUUUACCUUUGUUAUAGAAGAGGAAGAGAUAAACCUCCACUUACAGACUUGGGGGUUUUAUAUGACUGGAAAGAAAGAUUGAAACAGGGCUGUGAAAUUAUUCAAAGUACUCCUUAUGGUCGUCCUGCAAAUAUUAGCGGCAGUACCUCAUCACAAAGGAUUUAUAUCACUUAUCGAAGAGCCUCUGAAAAUAUGACUCAGAAUACAUUGGCUGUCACAGACAUAUGUAUUAUUAUACCCAGUAAAGGAGAAAGUCCACCACACACAUUCUGCAAAGUCGACAAGAAUCUCAAUAAUAGUAUGUGGGGAUCUGCAGUGUACUUAUGUUAUAAGAAAUCAGUGGCAAAGACUAACACUAUAUCUUACAAAGCUGGUCUAAUUUGUAGAUAUCCUCAAGAAGAUUAUGAGUCAUUUUCACUACCAGAAUCUGUUCCCUUGUUUUGUUUACCAAUGGGUGCAACUAUUGAAUGUUGGCCAUCAAAUAGCAAAUACCCUCUCCCUGUGUUUUCUACGUUUGUGUUAACUGGAGCCUCAGCUGAAAAGGUUUAUGGUGCUGCUAUUCAGUUUUAUGAACCAUAUUCUGAGGAGAAUCUCACAGAAAAACAGAGAUUUCUUUUGGGUUUAGCACCCCUGGCAGAUGGAAAGUCUGAUAGUUCUAAAACAAUUCACACUAACAAAUGCAUCUGUCUUCUUUCUCAUUGGCCUUUUUUUGAUGCAUUCAGGAAGUUUCUGACUUUUCUUUAUCGUUAUUCAAUAUCUGGACCUCAUGUCCUUCCAAUUGAGAAGCAUAUUUCUCAUUUUAUGCAUAAAGUUCCUUUUCCAUCUCCUCAGAGACCACGGAUUUUAGUUCAGUUAUCACCACAUGAUAAUCUGAUUCUCAGUCAGCCUGUUUCUUCUCCUCUUCCACUAAGUGGUGGCAAGUUUUCAACUCUACUUCAGAAUCUAGGCCCUGAAAAUGCUGUAACACUACUGGUGUUUGCAGUAACCGAACAUAAGAUUCUCAUCCAUUCCUUACGACCUUCUGUGCUUACUAGUGUGACAGAAGCAUUAGUGUCUAUGAUUUUCCCUUUCCACUGGCCAUGCCCAUAUGUUCCUCUCUGCCCACUGGCUUUAGCAGAUGUCUUGAGUGCUCCAUGUCCAUUCAUAGUAGGGAUUGAUUCAAGAUACUUUGAUCUCUAUGAUCCUCCACCAGAUGUCAGUUGUGUUGACCUAGAUACCAACACCAUUUCUCAAACUGGUGACAAGAAGAAUGUAGCUUGGAAGAUUCUUCCAAAGAAACCAUGUAAAAAUCUGAUGAAUACAUUGAAUAAUUUGCACCAGCAGCUGGCAAAAUUGCAGCAGAGACCAAGAGAUGAUGGACUAAUGGACUUAACAAUGAAUGACUAUGAUUUUAAUUCUGGAAAGAGAUUGCACAUGAUAGAUUUGGAAAUCCAGGAGGCAUUUUUGUUUUUCAUGGCCUCCAUUUUAAAAGGUUACAGAUCAUACUUAAGGCCAAUAACACAAGCCCCAUCUGAGACAGCAACAGAUGCAACCUCUCUUUUUGCCCUGCAAGCUUUCUUAAGAAGCCGGGACCGAUCACAUCAAAAAUUCUAUAACAUGAUGACCAAAACACAAAUGUUUAUUCGCUUCAUUGAAGAAUGUUCUUUUGUCAGUGAUAAAGAUGCAAGCCUGGCAUUUUUUGAUGAUUGUGUAGAUAAAGUCGAUAUGGACAAAAGUGGUGAAGUACGACUUAUAGAAUUGGAUGAAUCUUUCAAAAGUGAACAUACUGUUUUCGUGACACCACCUGAGAUCCCACAUCUACCCAAUGGUGAAGAACCCCCUUUACAGUACAGCUAUAAUGGAUUUCCAGUUCUUAAGAACAAUUUAUUUGAGAGACCUGAAGGAUUUCUACAAACACGAAAGAGCAAAUUGCCUUCAAAAUCAAGUAGCCCCAGUAGCCCUUCUCCCAUGUUCAGAAGAACAAAACAGGAAAUUAAAUCAGCCCAUAAAAUCGCCAAGAGGUAUUCUUCUAUCCCUCAGAUGUGGUCUCGGUGCCUACUACGUCACUGUUAUGGACUGUGGUUUAUUUGUCUCCCAGCUUAUGUGAAAGUAUGUCAUUCCAAAGUCAGAGCUCUGAAAACAGCGUAUGAUGUGCUAAAAAAAAUGCAUUCAAAGAAGAUGGAUCCUCCUGAUGAGGUGUGCUACCGCAUUCUUAUGCAGCUCUGUGGACAGUAUGAUCAGCCAGUGCUUGCCGUUAGAGUGCUUUUUGAAAUGCAGAAAGCUGGUAUUGACCCCAAUGCAAUUACUUAUGGUUACUAUAAUAAGGCUGUUUUGGAAAGUACCUGGCCUUCAAGAAGUCGUAGUGGCUAUUUUCUUUGGACAAAAGUAAGAAAUGUUAUUUUAGGAGUAGCACAGUUCAAAAGAGCUCUAAAGAAACAUGCACACUUAUCACAAACAACCCUCUCAGCAGAUGGCAGUGACCUGGAUGCUGUUAGUCAUGGCAGCAUGGAUAGUGGUCAUGGGACACACACUGUGGAGCAGGCACCUUUUAAUACGGGUUUAAUCAAAGUAUAUGCUACUGAUGAUAGAUCUAGCACAGGUGGUCAGUCUGAUCUUGGAUAUAAUUCAUUAACUAAGGAGGAAGUUAGAAGAGGGGAUACAUCUACUGAGGACAUUCAAGAAGAAAAAGAUAAAAAAGGGAGUGAUUCUAGUUCUUUGUCAGAGAACGAAAGCGCAAAAGGAAGUGCUGAUUGCCUUCCUAAGCUCAGUUACCAAAGUUCUUCCAGUAUAGUCCGCCUCAGUGGUACAAGUAACAACAGUGCUGAUAAAGUAUCGGAAGAAAGCACAGAAAGCACACCUGAGCUGCUCUUAACAUCAUCUCUUGAGGAUACAAAUGAAACAGGAAACAUUCAAAGUGGAUGCUUCAGGAAAAGACAUAGAAGUGACAAUGAACCUAAUUUGGAGCAGCAGAUGACCUGGGGAAAUAGAAAUCGUAAUCUUAGUGGAGGGGUACUGAUGGGAUUAAUGCUGAAUAGAAUUAAUCAAGAAGCAAACACUGGAAAUAUAGUUGAAAAAUUAGGAGCUGAUGCAAAAAUUCUUUCAAAUGUUAUUUCAAAAAGUACAAGACCAAAUAGUCUUGAUAUUGGAAAGCCAUCUUUAAGAUCAAAAAGGGACAGUCUAGAAAAGGAAUCCAGUGAUGAUGAUACACCUUUCGAUGGUUCUAAUUGUUUGGCAGAUAAAGUGGAUUCCCCUGUUAUUUUUGACUUAGAAGAUUUAGACAAUGAAACAGAUGGAUCAAAAGUGGGAUUCAUUGCUACCCAAAAUCCCAAGAGGAUUCAACGUAUGAACAGUAGCUUUUCAGUAAAACCUUCUGAAAAAACUGAUGUUGUAACAGGAUUUGAUCCCCUCUCUCUUUUGGUUGCUGAGACUGAACAGCACAAAGAAGAAGAGGAGGAUGAAGAUGAUAGCAAAAGCAUUUCAACACCAUCUGCUAGGCGUGAUUUAGCUGAAGAAAUUGUGAUGUAUAUGAAUAACAUGAGCAGUCCUUUGACAAGUCGGACACCAAGCAUUGAUUUACAGCGGGCAUGUGAUGAUAAAUCAACCAGUAAGAAAAGUCCAACAGUGGUCAAGGCGUGCAGAAGAUCUAGCCUGCCUCCUAAUUCUCCUAGGCCAGUGAGACUUACCAAAUCUAAAAGUUACACAAAAAGUGAGGAGAGACCACGAGAUAGACUCUGGUCUUCUCCAGCCUUCUCACCUACUUGCCCAUUUAGGGAAGAGUCUCAAAAUACAUUAACUCAUUCAUCACCUUCAUUUAACUUAGAUACACUAUUGGUACCUAAACUAGAUGUUCUAAGACACAGUAUGUUCACUGCUGGAAAAGGAGUUGCAGAGAAAGCAAGCAAGUGGUACUCAAGAUUCACCAUGUAUACCACGUCCUCUAAGGAUCAAAGUUCUGAUCGUACCAGUCUUUCUUCAGUGGGAGCCCAGGAUUCUGAAUCUACCUCUUUGACAGAUGAAGAUAUUUGCCAUGAGAUGGAAGGAGCUGCUUCCUCCCAAGAGAGCAGUGCCACUUCAGGGACCAAGGGAAUUGAUCUCAGUCGAGCAAGCCUGGAAAGUUCUGCCUCCCUAGAAGGCUCCCUGUCAAAGUUUGCCUUACCCGGGAAAUCAGAAAUGACAUCUUCUCUGAACACAAGUAACACAAAUAUCUUCCAGAACUAUGCAAUGGAGGUUCUCAUCUCAAGUUGUUCUCGAUGUAGAACUUGCGAUUGUCUUGUCCAUGAUGAGGAAAUCAUGGCUGGCUGGACAGCAGAUGAUUCAAAUCUCAAUACUACAUGCCCAUUCUGUGGCAAUAUUUUCUUACCCUUUCUGAAUAUUGAAAUAAGAGAUUUAAGACGACCUGGAAGAUACUUUUUGAAGUCAAGCCCUUCUACAGAAAAUACCCACUUUCCAUCCUCCUUUUCAAGUCAGGCAAAGCAGACUUGCAUUUCCACAUCAACUUCUGGUCUUGACAAAUCUACUAUCUCUGUUCAAGGGAAUUUUGACAUAAAUAGCAAAUCUAAACCGCAGGAAAAUUCCUGUGCCCGAAGUAUUCAGAUCCCUGCUAAUAGAUCAAAAACAGCUAUAUCAAAAUGUCCAAUAUUUCCAAUGGCCAGAAGUAUUAGUACUUACGGCACCUUGGAUAAAGAAGAUACUGGAAGACAGAAACUCUUUCCUACAGGCAGCCUGCCAGCUACUUUACAAGGAGCUACAGAUUCUUUAGGAUUAGAAUGGCACCUUCCAAGUCCAGAUCCUGUGACUGUUCCAUAUCUUAGUCCAUUAGUGGUAUGGAAAGAACUUGAGAGCUUAUUGGAAAAUGAAGGUGAUCAUGCAAUAACAGUGGCAGACUUUGUGGACCAUCAUCCAAUUGUUUUUUGGAACCUGGUGUGGUAUUUUAGACGUCUUGACUUGCCCAGUAACUUACCUGGAUUGAUUCUUUCUUCUGAGCAUUGUAAUAAGUAUUCAAAGAUUCCCCGCCACUGUAUGUCUGAAGACAGUAAAUAUGUUUUAAUACAAAUGUUAUGGGACAAUAUGAAAUUACAUCAGGAUCCAGGGCAGCCUUUGUAUAUCCUCUGGAAUGCCCACAGUCAAAAUCGUACUCUUUUGUUUGAGACCCAGAAGUAUCCAAUGGUUCAUUUAUUACAAAAAAAUGAUAACUCAUUUAACCAGGAGCUAUUGAAAAGUAUGGUAAAAAGCAUUAAAAUGAAUGAUGUCUAUGGACCAAUGAGUCAGAUUUUAGAGACACUGAAUAAGUGUCCACAUUUUAAAAGACAGAGGAGUUUGUACAGAGAAAUACUAUUUCUCUCACUUGUAGCACUGGGAAGAGAAAACAUUGAUAUAGAUGCAUUUGACAAAGAGUACAAGAUGGCAUAUGAUCGUCUCACACCUAGUCAAGUCAAGAGUACACACAACUGUGAUAGACCACCAAGUACUGGAGUGAUGGAAUGUCGAAAAACCUUUGGAGAACCUUAUCUAUAAGAUGUGUGUGUGUGUGUGUGUGUGUGUGUGUGUGUGUGUGUGUGUACAUUCAAUAUAUAUUGUAUAGUUAUUGUACAAAGUAAUUUCACUUUUAGACUCUAAACAUUUUUCUCUUCAGUUUUUGAGAUUGCAACUGUAAAUGGUUGGGGAAAGUUCAGAGAGCUUCUGUACUAAAUGUUUUCAGAAGAGGUUAGGGAGAGAACCACUUUGUUUCCCAUUUCUUUUCUCUUUAACUUCCUGCAAUAAGUAAUUAAGUAUUUUUGCAAUGAGAAAAUCCCUUAACGAAAUUGGUUGCCAUAAAAUAUGACAACUGUCUUAUGAUUUCUCUUGGAAGAGACAGAUAGAAAAAUCAUGUAUGGAACCUAAACAGAAAUGUAAGAUUAAAGUAUCUCUUGUUUUCAUAGACUAUUCAAAUGUUUUGACCAUGAAGUUGUAUUAUACAUAUUUUAAAUUGUUUAUAGUAAGUUGAUAUUUUUUUAAUUUUUAAAUUUAAUAUAGCAAAGUUAAAAUGAACUUAAACUUAUGAAGUGUUUAUUUUCCUUGUCUGCUAUUAUUUGAGGUAAUUAGUACAGCUGCAGAUCUCUAUAUGUAUAUCUAUAUAUAUAUUUUUUAUUACUUGGGAAAAUUGAAUUUUAAAAUGUUAGUACUAGGUCAGUGUCCUCCUAGGAUUGCAUGUUAGCACCGUAAGCCUGACUGCAGUGAGUGUGUCCUGGCAAGAAUGGUGUGCACUGCCCAGACUGACUCACCGAGCAGAGAGUCACCAGACCACGGUUCCAGAAUCUCUUCUAUUGCUGUUAGAUACAUACAGGACACAGAGAAAGUGGCUCACAAUGCAAAUAUGAACUUAAAUUUUAAUAUUCUACAUGAAAACUUAUAUUGGGAAAUAUGACAAGACAAUUGACUAUUCCAAAUUUUAUCUUAUUUUAAUAUCUAAAAUAUUGGGUAUGAUGUAAAUUGUACUAUAAAAUAUUUAUCUGAAGUAUGAAUUACUGGGGUAUUCUGUUAAUACUAUAUAUAAAUAUUCAAAGUAUUUUUUCAACAGUAGAAAAAUAAUAACCCUCUAAAAGUACAGCCAGGUAGAAUUUCCCAUAUUGAGGAACUUAGCUUUUCAACCAAUAUCAGAAUCUGAAGUAUGUGGAAUCUAAAAUGCAGAAAUAGCCAGAAAUUAGACAAUAAUAAAUUGACUGUUUAAAUACCAUGAGUAUUAAAUUGACUUUUGAAAAUAUAUUUUUAGCCACAUUAUUUCUAGUAUCACUUUCUUUGGGUAAUUUCUGGUAAGGAAAAAGCAUCCUUUGGCUGUUAGAAUUAUUUAUAAAUUUUUUUCAAUAUGCGCCUGUACAUAUUUGCAUAGAUUUUCAUUAAUGAAGGAAGUUUCUGGUCAGUUUUAAAGAAGAAAAGUGAAUGGUCCUAAAUUGGAUGUGUAAAACCAGUAGAGUUCAUGACACUUUGAAACAUCUUAGAGUCAACCACAGAAAAACCACCUUUUGAUCUCAUGCCAUUAAUGAAUAGCACCAUGCUGAAACAUUUCAUAGCUUUUCUACUCUGACAAAUAAUGGAGUUUAAAAAUGCAAAACUUCAGUUCAGUUAGUUUGAGACUGAGCUUGCUUACUUGAAAAAUCUGGUGCUAUACAUACAUCUGCCUUCCUUUUAUUGUUGGUUUUUUGUUGUCUUUCUUUGUUACUGGGAUUGAACCCAGGGGCACUUUACCUCUGAGCCACAUUCCUAGCCCCUUUUUUAGUUUUUAUUUUGAGACACAGUCUGGCUAAGUUGCUUAUGAUCUCAUUAAAUUGCUGAGUCUGACCUUAAGCUUGCCAUCCUCUUGCUUCAGCCUCUUAGGUUGCUGGGAUUAUAGUAAGAUUAUAGACAUGUGCCAUGAUGCCUAGCUGCCUCUCCUUUGUAAACACCACUCCAGUUUUAUUUUUCUUUGCUAUUGAAAUCCAAGCUUCACAUUCUACUUGAAUCUUAUGGUUCUUUAAAUCAUUUGAAAGUUGUCAACUGACAGAGACAUUUGAUAGAGGAGGCUUUGGUGUUGGUAGUAAACAUCCCUCCAAACAGAAUUUUGAGGUUCAUUCUCUUCAGGUUUUCAUUGUUUGUUUUUAUUCUCUUCUAAGAACACUUGCACUAUUGUUUACUUUUUCUGUAAUAUCAAUAAUAUGAAGGAAUCAUAGUUUAUAGAUUUCAAAUAUCUUGACAGAAAGGAGUGAGGCAGAGCCCAUUCUUUAUAGUUCAAACUCGUUUGAAAAACUGAAUGUAAUUUUUAUCUCCUACCCCCACUGAUUUUGUUUCUACUUUUAGAUAAAUUUUUAUUUCCCCUACUUUUAAUCCCUAGGGAUUAUUAUUGCAGAAAGUCAGUCUUUAAAAAUAAAACCUAAAACAUGAAUAGAAAAUGGUAAACCCUGCUCCAAAGAAAAUUAAAAUAGGGAUCAUCCUUUAAAAUAACUGUACAAAUUUUUCGGUUUUCUGUUGACCAUAUGUUUAAGAGAAUCAUGGCCAAUCAUGUUAGACAGAGAUGCCCUUUUACUAUGUUAUCUCUUAUUUUCUUACUCUUAGUUUUGUUUAUAUGUUUAAAUUAUGGAAAAUAAACUAUGCUUUGUGCUAGUAUAAUCUGUUUAUUACACUUAUUAUGUUUUAUUGUCACACAAUUAUAUUUUAUAUUGUAUUUUAGAUCUUCAGAUUUUUCCUUCUCUUGCCAGACAGGGAAUUAUGCAGCUAUUCAUCUUCUGAUUUAUCCUUUUUCUGACCUUUCUGGAGUUUUUUCCUUUAAAGUCCUAAAACUACCAGCUUAUUUUAUCAUAAGAUUUUCUAAUAUAUCUCCCCAUUUUCAUAUGUAGAAAAAUAACCCUGGAAAACGUUGGUUCAAUAUUUUAGGCAGUGAAUACUUUUUUUUACUUUGUGCUGAUAAUUAUUAUUAUACUUUAGCAUAACUAACAAGUGUUGGCUGAUUCUAUAUAGAAAUUAUGUUGUAUUUUGUGGAAAGAAAAUAUUUAUUUGGUAAUAUGCAGUAAGUACUUCAGCUUUAUUUUUAUUUUUUCCACUAGAACUUAAAAGCUACUAUUAGGCACUUUAUCUCAGACAAAUAGGGAAAGAGCAGGCUGCCUCUUUGAGAGGGUCCUUGGCCAUUAUGCCAGAGUGCGCAUACUCCUGCUUUGUUAAAGCACUAAACUUUAAGAGUUGAACUCUAGUAAUUGUAUACCAAGUUACUUUAAUAUCCUUAGUACCUGGUGUCUUAUCAUUCCUUCAAACUACCUUCCUCCUCUGGCUUCAAAGAAAGUAUAUUUGCUGGCUAAAUUAUUUUUUUACUAAAGUAGCAGUACACUAAUCAACAAGGAAUUUUCUUCUCUGAUUUCCAAAAAUCUGUGUGCUUGUGCUUACACUCUGAAAUGGUAACAGAUUUCUGAUAAAGUUAUUACUGCCUUUCCACAAUUGCUGUUCCUUUGGAUGGCUUCCUCCUUUUGUAUUUGAAAUUUUUUCUUAUCAAAUGUGAUACUGUAAUAAAAAUCAUUGGAGCAAC